AUGACUCACACCCUCAGGGCCCUGCUCUGCCUCGGGCUGAGUGUGGGCCUCAGGACCCCAGUGCAGGCAGGGACCCUCCACAAGCCCACCCUCUGGGCUGAGCCAGGCCCUGUAGUCCCCCGGAGGAGCCCCCUGAACAUCUGGUGUCAGGGGACCCCAGAGGCUGAGGAGUACCUUCUGGAGAAAGAGGGAAGCCAACCAUCAUGGAAUAGUCAGAAGCCACAGCAGCCCGGAGACAGGGUCAAUUUCUUCAUCUCACACAUGACAGAGUAUAAUGCAGGGAGAUAUCGCUGUUACUAUCGCAACCUCACUGGCUUGUCAGAGCCCAGUGACCCCCUGGAGCUGGUGGUGACAGGAUUCUACAGCAAACCCAGCCUCUCAGCCCUGCCCAGCCCUGUUGUGACCUCAGGAGGGAACGUGACCCUCCAGUGUGGCUCAAGGCAGGGAUUUGGCAGGUUCCUUCUGACUAAGGAAGGAGAUCAAAGGCUCUCCUGGGCCCUGGUCUCACAGCGACAGCCAAGUGGGCAGUUCCAGGCCCUGUUCCCUGUGGGCCCUGUGACUGCCAGCCACAGGGGGAUGUUCAGAUGCUAUGGCUAUUACAGGAGCAGCCCCAUGGUGUGGUCACUCCCCAGUGAUUCCCUGGAGCUCCAGGUCUCAGGAGCAGCCGACACCAUCAGCCUCUCACAGAACAACUCAGAUCCCACGAGUGCCUCCCACUCACAAGACUACACAGUGGAGAAUUCUAUCCGGAUGGGCGUGGCUGGCUUGGUCCUGAUGGCACUCGGGGUGCUGCUAUUUUGGUCUCGAAACAGCCAGAAUCAGACCCAGGAUGCAGCCAGAAUGUGA